AUGCGGGUGAACACCCCAAGCUACGGCACUAGCAGCGACUCUGGGGCCAAGGAACCGGACCUUCGUCAUGAAAUGGUGCACGAUGGCCCCACCUCCUUCAACUUCAGCAACUUGUACCGCUACGCCACGACGUUGGACAAAGUUCUACUCGCGGUCGGUAUCGUCACGACGGGAGCCAAUGGCGCUUUGUUCCCCCUCAUGGCCAUUGUCUUCGGCGAUGUAUUGACGGGGUUCACUACCACGCCUGUGGACAUGGACAAGGUCAACAGCGCGGCUCUCGACUAUCUGUAUAUCACCAUCUUCCUCUUCAUCACGGACUACGUCUCCUGGUACGACGCGCACGACGCGCUGCAGUUGUCCAGUCGGUUGACGGGCAACACGGUGAGGAUCAGGGACGGCAUGGGCCACAAGCUCGGCGAUUCGCUUCGAUACUCGAUCCAGUUUGUCGUGGGUUUUAUCAUCGGAUCCGCCCAUGGGUGGAAUAUCACGCUGGUGAUGGCGUGUGUGAUGCUUGUCAUGGCGCUCUCGCUCAACUGGAUGAUCAAGACGUUCACGAUCAUGUCGGACUUUGCCCAGAAGGUGUAUGCUGAAGCAGGAUCAGUGGCCAAGGAGACACUGGGCUCUAUCCGUACUGUGGCUUCGUUGAAUGGAGAGCAGAAGGCAAUUGAGAA